AUUUAAUUUUUCUGUAACAUAAUUCUGGCAAUGUUGACGAGCUCAUAUCAUGUCAUAAUUGCCAUAGUAACGCAAUUUGUUUUACCAAAAUAACUCAGAAGUAUAAGUAAAUGCAUUAAUAGCAAAUAAAAUAAUAAAAAAUAUAUAGAGAUAUUAAAAAUGGGCAUGUUUAAAAAGAUUUCAACAUUUUUUAAAAAUAAAUCUGAGAAAGUUACAAUACUUGUCAUUGGCUUAAACAAUAGUGGUAAAUCAACCAUAAUAAACCACUUUAAAUCGCCACAAGAGCAAGCUGCAAUCACAGUUCCAACAGUGGGAUUUUCCUUGGAGCAAAUAAGAAGUGAAGGUGUCUUAUUCACAAUGGUGGAUACAUCUGGUGCAUGGCGUUACAGAAGCUUAUGGGAACAUCAUUUUAAAAAUUGCCAAGGCAUUAUAUACGUUAUUGACUCAAGUGAUCGCAUGAGAUUGGUUGUGGUGCGAGAUGAACUGGACACACUUUUACAACAUCCCGAUUUGGUUAAUAGAAGUAUACCCAUACUGUUGUAUAAUAAUAAAGUGGACUGUGAGGAUUCUUUAUCGAGUGUGAAAAUAGCAGCUGCAUUAGGGUUACACAAUAUUGAGGAUAAACCUUGGCAUAUAACACCCAGCAAUGCCGUUACUGGCGAAGGCCUAGAAGAUGGUGUUCAUUGGUUAGUACAGCAAAUUAAAUCCAUGAAUUCUAAUAAUAAAAAGCUGAAGCGCUAAUUAAAUUGUAACAAUCAUUAACUAAUAUUACAACUAUAAUGACUGUGUAAAAACCUUAUUUAGAAUACUAAAGCUGAAAUAAAUUUGUUAUUGCUUGUUGGAAAAUUGGAAACCCCUAUAAUGCACUAUAUAACAGAACUCUGCAGUAUUUACGAGACUCAUUUGAAUUGCAAAACAAAAUUGAAUAACAGCAAAGUAAUGCUUUAAAACAAUUUCGAGUGCUUGCCUACAUAGUUUCUUUAAAAAGUGAAAGUAAUCGUACAUGUAGUUUCUGCAAUUCUCUGAUACGUAAAGUUCCGAUACUGAAACGAUAUGGCAUAUAACAUUUCCAUUCUAGAUCUUAAUGAUGAUUGCUUGACUUUAAUUAUUACUGAAUUGAAUUGGUGUGACCAGACAAAUUUGAAAUACACUUGUCAAAGAUUUAAAGAACUUGUAAAACUACAUUGGCGCCUGAAAUAUAAGAAAUGGUCACGAAAAAAUGCUGUUGGACAGAGAGCUGAAUAUGCCUGGCUUAUCUUUCAGCUCCGCGAAAUAGUUCAAGUACUGGAUGUGGAUUAUUUGAGCUCACGCGAAAUGCAAUUGCUUUCGAGUACUUGUUUUCCAAAUGUUUAUGAUUUGACUGUAAACAUCUCAAACAAUAACGGUAAAUUAACUGAGUAUGCUGCUACGAAAGUUCUAAGUAUUGGAUUUCCUCGACUUGUGAAACUUAAGUUACAAACAAAUAUGUGGUUGGAUUUUAAGACUUGUGAGAACUUAACGGAUCUAGAACUACAUCCAAGGAGAUGUAGUUGCACUUUAGAUUUUAAAUCGUUAUUUCAACAAUUGAAAUUAGUAAAAUUUAUAUUCAGUUAUUGUGAACGUUCAUAUAUUGAGUACACACGGAGUGAUAUCGAAACAAUUGUAUGUUGCUCGUCAUUGCAAGAAGUAAUAUUGAAUGAAAGCAUUCUGAAAACAAUAAUCGAACAAUUGAAAUGUUUGCCGAAAUUACGUGUACUUGGCUGUUUCGCUUAUAUGAGUGGAACAUCCGAGGAUUAUUACGUAUUUGAUAAAAUUGUUGAAAAUUUUGGUAGCAACAUUUGCGCACUAAAUAGUCAAUAUAUACACACCGGCUUCCCAAUGUAUACAUUAAAAUAUAUGCCAAAUUUGAGAAAAUGGACAAUGUCGGAUCUAAUCUUAGAUCAAUUUAAAGCAACCAAAACACAGUUAGAGAGCAUACAUGAAUGGAUAGUUUUUAAUAAAAAAACAUUGGCGACUGCUCCAAGUGAACAACAUGUUUCGAGAAUCGGAGAACAAAGUUUUGAGUUGAUGGAAUUCAUUAACGAUUGCGUAAAUCUCCAAACAGUAGGAUUUCCUCUGGAUUGGGUUACCAGUGGUUAUGUUAAUCUGCAUGAACUUCAUUUCUUAUUCAGAAGUCGGAGAAGAGUUUUGGAAGUGAUGUGUAUCGAAGAAGAUACAACGAAAUAUGUGUCCAAGAAUUUAAAGGAACUGAAACAAUUUCAAGAUAUACUAAAUUUUAAAUUUUUGAAACAGAAUCUAGGUAACGACUUGGAUUACGAAGUUUAUAAACUCUUUACAAUCACUUUACUGAAUUAAAAAAUGGUGGAAAAUAUGGCGUUACCAAAAAACUACUUUAAUUAUAAUUAAACUGAAUGACAUGUUUAAAAAUGAUAAUUACUGAUAAAUAUAAUAAUUAUUUAAAUUUACUGUGUACACUAAAAACUUUAGUUUGUGAAAAGAGUGGCAGCACUUCUUAAAUCGAUAAAUCCAUUCAAAACAGCUGAUUGUUUUACAGUGUGUAAUAGUUAAAGAAAUGGCUAAAUCUUUAUAUUUUCGUUAUGCUUAUUAAAUUAGAUUUUGUCACAGGUUUUUUUUAUCACAUAAUAAAUAAGCUUACUGCAUAAUAUAUUCUUCAAAACUCUAUUUAAUAUUUUAUAAUAAAUCAGUUUUAGCUUGAAAUGUCAUGACAUUAACAUUGGUUAUUUAGGUAGAUCGAACAAUUUAAACUCGAUACUCUUCUGGUGUAAUCACUAAUAACUGAAACUGAACUAAACAUUAUAUUUAUUUGUUUAUAUUUCCUCAAUUUCGAGUCUAAAUUGUUUAAGCAGGCCACUUUUAAUAAUAUUACUAAAUAUUACUUUAAAAAUGUACUACAACGAUUAGUUGUACAGUCAAAUAUUGGACUGAUAGCAAUUGAAAACUCUUCGUUUGUUAUUUGUAUAUGUUAAAUUUCAAAAAAGGUAAAUAUAAUGAAAAUCCGUUCUUACAUGUCCUCGAAAAUAUGCUGAAUUUGAACGAUGAUUGUAUUCUACAUAUUAUAACAUUAUUAAGCCAAAAUGAUCAAGUGCAAUUAAAACAUGUGUGUAUGCGUUUAAACAACUUGGUAAAUAUAUAUUGGCAACAUAAAUACAAAAAAUGGAGUCGAUACGGUAACAAUAAAAAAGCAUUUAAAUGGAUGAUAUAUCAUUUACAUGAUCACAUCGAAGAUUUGGAUCUGGGCUGCUUGGAAAGUGAUGAUAUGGCCAUUUUGGGAAAUUACGUGUUUCCUAAUACACA